ACAUAAAUUCUCUUAAACUAAGUACAGUCACAUAAAUUAUCCUCAAAACCAUAUCUCCAUUCUAGAGCUAAUCCUUGUCUCUCUUUGAGACUAUAACAAUGGCUCUACUUGACUUCUUGAGCCACUUUUGGCCGUCAUUUUCGGGCUUUGUCUUCGCUUGCCUCCUAGCCAUAGCGCUCCAAAUCAUCGUCUUCUCGCCGAUAUCUCCUGACUUGCUCCAAUUACCAGAACCAUCGAUACUUGCUUCUCUUCCCCCAAACACCCAUUUGCAGGGUGUGCGUAAGCUUGGAGAGGGUAUAGUGAAAGGUCCGGAAGACGUAUGCGUAGACAAAAACGGCGCGCUCUACACUGCGACAAGAGAUGGUUGGAUCAAGAGGAUGCACCAAGAUGGGUCCUGGGAAAACUGGAGCAUGUUGAACAGUCAGGCACUUGUGGGGAUUACAGCAACCAGGAGAGGGGGUAUCAUCGUGUGUGAUGCAGAAAAGGGUUUGAUCUGGGUUGAUGAAGAUGGUCAUGCGAAGGUCCUCUUAUCACACGUUAAUGGAUCUCAAAUAAGAUUGGCGAACGAUGUCAUUGAAGCAUCGGAUGGGAGUUUGUAUUUCAGCGUAACUAGCACCAAGUUUGACCUCCAAAAUUUGUUCUUGGAUGUCCUCGAGGCGAAACCUCAUGGCCAGCUUCUCAAAUUCGAUCCUUCAUCAUCACAAAUUUCAAUCAUUGUUGACAAAUUGUGCUUUGCAAAUGGCGUCGCUCUCUCUAGGGACGAAGAUUUUCUCAUCGUUUGUGAAACUUGGAAAUAUAGAUGUUUGAAGCAUUGGCUGAAGGGAGAUGAAGAAGGAAAAACGGAAAUUUUUGUCGACAAUCUUCCAGGCGGACCUGACAAUAUCAAUCUUGCCCCGGAUGGAUCUUUCUGGAUUGCUGUAGUGCAGUUGAUAUCUGAAGAGUGGGAGUUUGUGCACGCCUCCAAGGCAGCCAAGCACUUCAUAGCAACAUUCCCAAGUAUGAUCAAGAAAGUGAAAGGAGCGCACAGAAAAGCAAGUGUUUUGAAUGUAGGAGCUGAUGGCAAAAUAAUCAAGAAGCUUGAUGAUCCUGAUGGGAAAGUCAUUUCCUUUGUUACCUCAGCAUUUGAGUUUGAGGAUCAUCUUUACUUAGGAAGUCUCAGCUCCAACUAUAUUGGAAAAUUGCCGCUCAUCCGAUGAUGUUGCCUAACGUAAUGUUCACUUCAUUUUGCAUUUCAUUUAGUACUGGUUCACCAAUCUCAGUAGGUGUAUUUCGAUGCCCCUUUGCUCUUUUUAUGUACAAGUUCUUUGCCUCUAGUUUCAAUGAUAAUUGCGGGAGUUUUGGCAUUUCAUUAAAUCGUGAAGUUCUGCUUCUCUGCA